AUGCUCCAACCCAUCAAUGUCAUUUUCCGGCAUUUGCAACAACAGACGCGCGUCUCGCUCUGGCUCUAUGACAAUAUCGAAUACCGUAUUGAGGGAAAGAUUAUCGGAUUCGACGAGUUUAUGAAUGUCACACUGGCGGAGGCUGAAGAGGUUCCCUGCUCAGCGGAAAAGGCACGCAAGCCACUGGGUAUGUAUCUAAUUGUG